CACAGAUCCACAUAUAUUUGUCCAUCUCUCUCUCUUUCCAACUCUACUAUUACUUGUUUCUUUUUUUCUCUCUCCAUAUAUAAAUAAAACCAAUUAUAUUGGACUUACUUACCUCCACUUGAAAUCCCCUUAAUACAUCUACUCUUAUCAACUCUAUAUGGCAUUUACAUCAACUACUUCCAACUGAAAGAAACAAUCACAAGUCCCACAAACAAAAAAUGAAAAUCUUGUUCACACUCUUCAUCUUUCUUUCUCUUUUCACAUUCUCAAAAUCAGAAUCCCCUUGCAAAAACAACACAGAUUUAGAUUUAUAUCUUGUUUCCAAGGCUUUCAGUUCUGUUUAUGGUUUCAACAUCUCUUGGUUCAACUCAAACUGUUCUUCUCCAAUAACUGAAAUAAACUUAUCUUCAAGAAACCUCACUGGCAUAGUUUCAUGGAAGUACUUAACAAAUUUGUCUCAUCUUCAUACUAUAGAUCUAUCAAAUAAUUCCUUAAAGGGUUCUGUUCAUCCUCUGUUUUGGUCCAUUUCAUCUUUGGUUCAAGUCAAUUUGUCAAAGAAUAAGCUAGGUGGGGCUGUUGCUGUAGCAAGAUCAUCAUCAUCUAUUCAAAGACUUGAUCUUUCUUUCAACAGGUUUACCAACUUAGGCUCUGUAUUUUAUGGUUUUCCUAAUCUUACUUCUCUUGACCUUUCACAUAAUGAUAUCAAGUCUUUACCUUUUUGGUUUACCAACCUAACUAAGCUUGAAAAUUUGAGCAUUUCUAGCUGUAACAUUUAUGGUAAUCCAGAACCCCUUUCACAUAUCAAGUCACUGAAGCAUUUAGAUGUUUCUGUCAACCAUAUGGAUGGUAAAUUUCCUAAUGAUUUUCCUCCUCUGUCUAGUCUCAAUUUCUUGAAUAUCUCAUUCAAUAACUUCACUGGGGAAAUACCCAAAGACCAGUUUGCUAAAUUUGGGAACUCUUCUUUCAUUCAUGCUGGGCACUUGCAAAUCAAGAAUCUCUUACCAAAUCCCAAGAAUUCCUCACAGUUACACAUUAAAAAUCAUAACUUUACUACCCCAACACACAAAAAAAUGUUGCCUUCGAGACACAAACCUAUCAAACCAAACACACACAAGAAAAGGCCCAAAUCAAGAAAGAAAGUUUUAACCAUAGCUAUUUCCUCUGCUUCAGCAUUUCUAAUCUUGGCCAUGGGGUUAGUCAUUUUGUGUCUAUACAAGAGGAGAAAAACAUUGGCUAGGAAGAACAAAUGGCUAAUUUCAAAGCCAAUACAAAUACCAUUUAGAAUGGACAAAUCAGGGCCAUUUUCAUUUGAAACAGAGUCAGGGAAUUCAUGGGUUGCUGACAUAAAAGAACCAAGUUCAGCAGCUGUAGUUAUGUUUGAGAAGCCAUUGAUGAACCUAACAUUCAAAGACCUCAUAGCAGCCACAACUCACUUUGGAAAAGAGUCAUUGUUAGCUGAAGGAAGGUGUGGGCCCGUUUACAGAGCCGUACUUCCAGGUGACCUCCACGUGGCAAUCAAGGUCUUGGAACAUGCUAGGGAACUAGCCCAUGAUGAUGCUAUUAUCUUGUUUGAACAACUCUCCAGGCUUAAGCAUCCUAAUCUGUUGCCUAUUUCUGGUUACUGCAUUGCAGGGAAAGAGAAGCUAGUCUUAUACGAAUUCAUAUCCAAUGGUGACCUCCACCGAUGGCUACACGAGCUUCCAACUGCUACCACCAACGUGGAAGAUUGGACAACCGACACGUGGGAGUUACAAAACGGUUCUCAAAUUACGUCACCCGGGAAAAUGGAAUGGCACACGCGCCACCGUAUUGCCGUUGGCGUAGCGCGUGGACUAGCCUACCUCCACCACGCGCAGUCGAAACCUGUGGUCCACGGUCAUUUGGUGCUAUCUAAUGUCUUACUAGCCGAUGACUUUGAGCCUCGGAUAGCCGAUUUUGGAUUGAGCCAAAACCAAGCCGAGGGAUCUAGUGAGACGGAUGUGUACGAUUUUGGAGUCGUAUUAGUAGAGCUAUUAACAGGGAAAAUCGGCUCGGAUGAGACGAUUAAAUGGGUGAGGAGGCUAGUGAAGGAUGGACUUGGAGCUGACGCGCUUGAUUCGAGACUAAGACUCGGUGGUGACUCAGUGAGUGAGAUGGUGGAGUGCCUCCGAGUUGGGUACUUGUGUACGGCGGAGACCCCAAAUAAACGGCCUAGAAUGCAACAAGUUUUAGGUUUGCUAAAAGACAUACAGCCCCACUACCAACUCGGGAAAACGCAAAAUUUAUAAUCUUUAGGUAAACCACUCUCACUCCAGCGCGUGAUUUACACGACGAGGAAGAUUGAUUGGCAGCAUUGCAUUAUUGUACUCCCAUGUGUUUGGUUGACCAUUGAAAAGUCAAAAGUACAAGGCAUCUAUUCCACUUCAUCAAUGGUAUUUAGUCACGUGCAGAUCACGUGAUGAAGUGCAGUGAGAGGAACAUGUUUGCUUGCUUGUCUCAUUUUAUUCUCUCUUUUUUUUUUUUUUUUUUGUAGUUUUGUAUAGUAUUAAAUUAGAAAAAUGAAAAAAAAUUGUGGGUAAAUCUUUUUUUUUUAUAUAUAAAUAUUUUAUUUAUUUAUUUAGGGGGUGUAUUUUGAAGUGGAGCAGAGAAGGCAGAGAAUCCCACUAAGGGGCUUCUAAGGGGCAUUAGAAUCACCAACUUCUUUAAUUUUCUUUUCUUUUACCAUCUUUAUUUUUUUCUCUUUAAUUUAAACUUUUCUUGUUUGUUUGUU